AUGGUGGUCAACCAGCUGCGCGCCGCGGCAGGCAGAUCGGUUGCGGCCUACCCCGCACCUCAAGGCCCAGCUGCGUAUGCCGCGGGAUCUCAGUACGCCCGCCGUGUCUCCAUCCCAUCGAGCAUCCACCGCGCUGUUUUUGCGCCUGCGCCCAGCCAUCCCUUCGCUUCCAGCACUUGUCUCAGCAGCGUCCACCGCCUUGUGCACUCGAGCUCUGUGUCGUCUAGGACCCUAGGAUCACAAUCACAAACCGCCAAGAUGUCGACUAUGCCGGCUACCUGCGGCCAUAAUGAGGCCUGCUGCAACAUCCCGCCCGUCGUCUGGCAGGGCUACUCGCCCAAGGGCGCCUACGACGAGGUCGACGGCCUGAAGACUUACGUCACUGGCCCCGAGGAUGCCACCAAGGGUAUCGUUUUGAUCUACGACAUCUUUGGCUACUUCGACCAGACCGUCCAGGGCGCCGAUAUCCUGGCCACCAGCCACGCCCAAAAGUACCGCGUCUUCAUUCCCGACUGGUUCAAGGGCGAGCCAUGCCCAAUUGAGUGGUACCCGCCGAACACUCCCGAGAAGCAGCGCGACUUGACUGCCUUCUUCCAGAAGAACCCCCCUCAGGGCGUCGCUGCUAAGCUGCCCGAGUUCGUCAAGGCCCUCGAGGCCAAGUACCCCAACAUCAAGUCCUGGGGUGUCCUGGGCUUCUGCUGGGGCGGCAAGGUAGUUUCCCUCGUCACCUCGGGUGACGCCAAUCCCUUCAAGGUUGGCGCUCAGUGCCACCCGGCCAUGGUCGACCCGUCCGAGGCGAAGACCAUCAAGGUUCCCCUGGUCCUCCUCGCCUCCAAGGAGGAGCCAGAUGAUAAGGUUAAGGAGUUCGAGGACAACCUCAAGGUGGCCGCCAAGCACGUCGAGACCUUCAAGGAUCAGAUUCACGGCUGGAUGGCCGCCCGCGCCGACCUGUCCGACCCCCGCGUGCGUGAGGAGUAUGCCCGUGGCUACCGCGUCGUGCUGGACUUCUUCGCCAAGAACUGGGAUGCUUCGCCAAAGCUCUGA